GCAAUCGCCCAAUAAAAUUUAAUAAUCCUUGUAAAACCAUUCAAUUUGAAGGGAAUAUAAAUUGAUGCCAACAGUUCUUAUUUGUAUUGUUACCUUUGCCGUGCGAAACGAAAUAGUUAUGGAACUUCGUUUGUUUCUUUUCAUAUUUCACAUCAUUUUAGCGGCAACUGGUUCUUUCGGUUCGGGAGACUAUCAUGAUUUAGAUUUGGCCAAUAAAAAAUCAUGUCAAUGUACUAUGCGUAUGAACUACAGCCCAGUCUGUGGUUCUGAUGGGAAAACGUAUGGUAAUGAAGACAAACUCUACUGCAGGCAAGAAUGCUACGAUCCAGGUUUAACAAUUGCUUAUGAAGGUAAAUGUAGAGGAAAUUAACAGAAUAUAAGGACACGAGGAACACUGAACAACUGAUGGUAGUUAUAGUGAAACUAAAUUCAUUCGAAUCCUUCAGGCAUUGGGAACUGUGAAAAACAGAUUAAUUCAAUCAAAUAUGGAAAUUGUUAUAUAAUAAAGGAAUAUUCUGGAAAA